AUGGAAUUGUCUGAGGAUAAGCAUGUGAUGCAAAUGUUGAAGCACAUCUCCAGGUCUUGCCGAUCUAUCUCUGUUUAUGUAGAUGAUGGGAAGAGGGAAGUGGUUAAGGCUGUGACUGAAGUGGUUACGAAGACAGUGACAAAGACAAUCACUACUACUAAGAGGAGUGUUGGCAAGGGAGGGGGAAAUGCAGCAGAAUGGAGCACUGAUGAGGAUGAGGAUGAUGAUGAUUAUUGCCCAGGGGAGGAAGAUGGGGAGUUAGUGGAAUCUGAAGACAGUCUAGGAGAUAUGGAAUUAGGUUCUGAUGAUGAUGAAUAUGAACAAGUUAGGGUGAAUCUGAGAGUGGGUUUAGGUGUCUUGGGAGAUAAUAUGUCAGAUAAUGAAUUGUCACUUGAGGCUGAGAACUCAGAUAGUUGUGAUUCUGAUGGGCAAUUAGUUAGGAGUAAGCAGCCUAAGGUGGUAUAUGAUCCCAAAAUGGAUAUUGCAGAUUUGCAAUUGGUACUAGGAAUGAGAUUUGAGGAUGGUUUUCAAUGCAAAAAGGCAUUAGUUAGUUGGAGCAUAGUGAAAGGGCAUCCUAUCCAUUUCAGGAGGGUCAACAAAGAGCAAUGUGAGGCCUACUGUGAAGAGCCUUGUAUGUGGAGGGUAUUUGCAAGCACUGUUCAGAAGGAGAAGAGUCUUGUAGUUAAAGUGCUUGGUGAUGAUCACACUUGCACAUUUGCUGUCCAGAAUAGACAAGCAAGCUACAAGUGGAUUGGUGAGCAGUGCAUUGAGGUGUUUAGAGUAAGGCCUCAAAUGAUGGUGGAGGAGUUCAGAAAUGAUGUCAAGAGAAGGUUCAAUAUUGCUAUUCCUAAUGGCAGAUUAUAUAGGGCUAAGGCUUAUGCUCUAGAGACAUUGAGAGGAUCAGUGACUGGCCACUAUGCAAAGCUAAGGAGUUAUAUAUCUGAGCUUAUGAGAGUUGACAGAGAAGGGAGAUUUGAAUUACUGGUAGGUGAUGGUACAAUAUUUAAAGGGUUGUAUAUAGGUUUUAGUGCUCUGAAAAAGGGAUUUGUGGAGGGAUGUAGACCCAUCAUAGGCCUAGAUGGUUGUUUCAUGAAGACUCAUCUAGGAGGGCAGCUUCUUUGUGCUAUUGGAAAGGAUGGAAAUAACCAGAUGUAUCCAAUUGCUUGGACGGUUGUUGAAGUGGAAAAUGAGGCAUGUUGGGCAUGGUUUAUCUCUAUGUUGCUUGAAGAACUUGGUGUUACAGAUGGUUCAGGUUACACGUUCAUAUCGGAUCAACAAAAGGGCCUGACAAAUGCUAUAAAGGACUUGGCUCCUUUUGCUGAGCAUAGGAACUGCGCACGCCAUGUUUAUAUGAAUUGGAAAAAACAGUUCAAAGGAGUAACACUAAAGCACAUGUUCUGGGAAGGUGUUAGAAGUUCAUACAAGGAGGAGUGGGAUGCAGCAAUGGACAAGUUGAAGGCAGAGAACAUGAUGGCUUAUGAGAAUUUCAUUGAGAGAGACCCAUCCAGGUUCUGUAAAACCUUUAUAUCUACUGCAUGUGUGAGUGAUAUGGUAGAUAAUAAUGUGUCUGAAACCUUUAAUGGGUACAUACUAAAUGCUAGAGGGAAACAUAUAAUACAUAUGUUGGAAGCAAUUAGAAGUGGCCUUAGGGAGAGACAAUUUCAGAAGUUAAAACAUGUUGAAAGUGUGUCUGAUGUGUUAACACCUGCUGUUAGAAAAAAAGUUGAAAAAUUGAAGAGUUUGGCUAGGUUCUGUACAGCUCACCCUGGGCUAGGGGGUAAGUUUGAGGUUGAGAACAAGGAUGAUAGAUUCAUAGUUUCUUUACCUGAAAGAAACUGUAGCUGUAGAGUUUGGGAGCUCACUGGCAUUCCAUGUAUCCAUGCCAUUUCUGCUAUCCAUUUCAUGAAGGAAGAUCCAGCCAAUUAUGUCCACAAGUACCUGACCACUGAGACCUACUUGAAAGCAUAUUUAUAUCCAUUGGAGCCAAUAAAUGGUGAAAGACAAUGGCCCAAGGCAGUAGGCUAUCCAGUUCAACCUCCACAAGUGAGGGUGAUGCCUGGGAGGCCAAAGAAGAAAAUGAGAAGGGAUAAGGAUGAGAAGGAUCCCAAAAAUCCUUCUAGACUGACUAGGGCAGGGACUGUUAUGACAUGCCAAAAUUGUUUUCAGUUAGGUCACAAUUCCAGAGGGUGCAAGAAUGAGACUGUGGAGAAAGAAAAGCCAGAAAAGAGAAAGCCAGGAAGACCAAGGAAACACCCUAGGCCAGAUGAUGAUGUGAACUCAGGUGGAGUAAGUAAGAGUAAGAAGAAGAGUAAGAGUAAGACCCUAGCUAUGGAACGAGCACAGGCAUCAAAGGGUGUAGGGCACUUUGUGGGAGAGGAGACAGGAAACUCUUACAUUUGCUCUGGGAGUAUAGUGCAUCAAGUACCAAGAGGGGAAGAACUAUCAUCUCAAGUGCCAACCCAACAAUCCCAAACCAAGAACUGA